AUGUCUGUGAUUCUAAUUCUGACAAAGCUGUAUGACUACAACCUGGGGAGCAUCACAGAGAGCUCACUUUGGAGGUCAACAGAUUACGGGACAACAUACGAGAAGCUGAAUGAUAAGGUUGGCCUGAAGACUAUUCUGAGCUACCUGUAUGUGUGCCCAACGAACAAACGCAAGAUUAUGUUGCUGACUGACCCGGAGAUUGAGAGCAGCUUGUUGAUCAGCUCUGAUGAAGGGGCCACCUACCAGAAGUACCGGCUCAACUUUUACAUCCAGAGCCUGCUCUUCCACCCCAAGCAGGAAGACUGGGUUCUGGCCUACAGUCAAGAUCAGAAGUUACACAGUUCAGUGGAGUUUGGCAGAAGAUGGCAGCUUCUCCACGAGGGAGUUGCACCAAAUAGGUUCUACUGGUCCAUGAUGGGUUCCAGUAAAGAGCCAGACCUCGUACACCUAGAAGCCAAGACACCAGAUGGCCAUGCUCAAUACAUCACCUGCCGGGUGCAGAAUUGCACGGAAGCCACCCGGAGCAAGCCAUUCCCAGGCUACAUUGACCCCAACUCCCUGAUUGUCCAGGAUGAUUAUGUGUUUGUUCAGUUAACAUCAGGAGGACGGCCACAUUAUUAUGUGUCCUAUAGGCGAAACGCGUUUGCACAGAUGAAGCUGCCAAAAUAUUCUUUGCCCAAGGAUAUGCACGUUAUCAGCACAGACGAGAAUCAGGUGUUUGCAGCCGUUCAAGAGUGGAACCAGAACGAUACCUACAACCUCUAUAUAUCUGAUACCCGGGGGGUCUACUUUACAUUGGCCUUGGAGAAUGUCAAGAGUAGCCGAGGGCUGGAGGGUAAUGUGAUGAUUGACCUCUAUGAGGUAGCAGGGAUAAAGGGAAUGUUCUUGGCUAACAAGAAGAUUGACAACCAAGUGAAAACUUUCAUCACCUACAACAAAGGGAGAGAUUGGCAUUUGCUACAGGCUCCCGACACUGAUCUGAGAGGAAACCCUAUUCACUGCCUCCUGCCCUAUUGUUCUCUACAUCUUCAUCUGAAAGUUUCGGAGAAUCCGUACACCUCUGGGAACAUCGCCAGCCGAGAUACUGCCCCUAGCAUUAUCGUGGCUUCAGGUAACAUAGGUACUGAAUUGUCAAACAGCGACAUCAGCAUGUUUGUUUCGUCCGAUGCUGGGAACACCUGGAGACAGAUCUUUGAAGAGGAGCACAGUGUUUUGUACUUGGAUCAAGGUGGAGUCUUGGUCGCUAUGAAACACACAUCUCUGCCUAUCAGACAUCUGUGGUUGAGUUUUGAUGAGGGGAGAUCCUGGAGCAAGUACAGCUUCACGUCCAUCCCGCUGUUUGUCGACGGCGUGUUAGGGGAGCCUGGAGAGGAGACUCUGAUCAUGACAGUGUUUGGACAUUUCAGCCACCGUUCAGAAUGGCAGCUGGUGAAAGUGGACUACAAGUCCAUAUUUGACAGGAGGUGUGCUGAAGAGGACUACCGGCCUUGGCAGCUCCAUAGCCAGGGAGAAGCAUGCAUUAUGGGAGCAAAGAGGAUCUACAAGAAGCGCAAGUCAGAGAAGAAGUGCAUGCAGGGAAAAUACGCCAGGGCCAUGACAUCAGAACCAUGUGUCUGCACAGAAGCAGACUUUGACUGCGAUUAUGGAUACGAGCGUCACAGCAAUGGCCAGUGUUUACCAGCAUUUUGGUAUAACCCAUCCUCCUUAUCGAAAGACUGUAGCCUCGGACAGAGUUAUCUCAACAGCACCGGGUACAGGAAAGUUGUGUCUAACAACUGCACCGAUGGCGUGAGAGAACAGUAUACAGCUAAGCCACAGCAGUGUCCUGGAAAGGCCCCGCGGGGACUUCGCAUUGUCACCUCGGAUGGCAAGCUGACAGCAGAGCAAGGGCACAACGUUACCUUCAUGGUGCAACUGGAGGAGGGAGAUCUCCAGAGAUCGAUCAUCCAGGUGGAUUUCGGAGACGGCAUCGCUGUGUCAUACGCCAACCUCAGUUCGACGGAGGAUGGGAUCAAGCACGUCUACCAGAACGUGGGCAUAUUCCGCGUAGCUGUGCAAGUGGACAACAGCCUGGGAUCUGACAACGCUGUCCUGUACUUACAUGUAACUUGCCCCCUGGAGCACGUCCAUUUGUCUCUCCCGUUCGUUACAACGAAGAACAAAGAAGUCAAUGCCACAGCGGUGCUGUGGCCCAGCCAGGUUGGCACGCUCACUUACGUCUGGUGGUUCGGGAACAACACUGAGCCGCUGAUCACCCUGGAGGGAAGCAUCACGUUUGCAUUCUCCGUGGAAGGGAUGAACACCAUCACGGUGCAGGUCUCGGCGGGGAGCACGAUUCUGCAGGAUACAAAGACUAUUGCAGUGUAUGAGCGAUUCCAGUCUCUCCGAUUGUCCUUCUCUCCAAACCUGGACGACUACAACCCAGAUAUUCCAGAGUGGAGACGGGAUAUCAGCAGAGUGAUCAAGAGAGCUCUGGUAGAGGCUACGGGGAUUCCAAGCAAGCAUGUUCUGGUUGCAGUACUCCCCGGCUUGCCCACAUCUGCUGAGCUCUUCAUUUUACCAUAUCAAGAUACCACAGGAGAAAACAAAAAGACCGCAGAAGACCUAGAGCAGAUUUCGGAAAUAUUGAUCCACAAACUGAACCAAAACUUCGUCCAGUUUGAGUUGAAGCCAGGAGUUCGAAUCCUUGUCCAUGCUGCACACUUAACAGCAGCUCCUCUGGUGGACCUCACUCCCAGUCACAGUGGUUCGGCCAUGCUGAUGCUGCUCUCCGUGGUGUUUGUGGGCCUAGCCGUGUUUGUCAUUUACAAGUUCAAAAGGAAGAUCCCGGGCAUUAAUGUUUAUGCACAGAUGCAGAAUGAGAAAGAUCAAGAGAUGGUCAGUCCAGUCAGUCCAAGGGAAAGCAUGCCUAAUGUCCCUCAAAAUGGACUGAUGAGCCCAGAGCAACUAGUAGCUGAGAAGCUGGAUACCCAGGCCAUAGGAAGUAUUUCCAUAGCUGCUGAGACUCAAAGCACAAAAGAAAUCCCUACCUAUGUAAAUGUUUGAAUUGAGGACGCCAG